UGGUAAAGUAUAGUGCAGUGUACAGCAAUUUGCAAUUGUUACCUGCCGUGUUAUCAGGUGCGAAAAUAUUGCACUCUCAAACAAGCUUAUCUGAAGGAAAACAUUCGAGUCGCUAAUUAACGUAGCUACAGAUUUUGUGUUUAUCUAGAUCGCUGCCUAGAUUUUAGUGAUAGAUAUAAUUUCUAGUGGUUUGAGUUGGCUGACUAGUGGAGUUUUUAGGGGUAUUUUCUAGUGGGGAAAGAAUAAAGUACAAAAAGUUAGGUAGUUUUUUCUUGGACUUGUGGAAUAUUUGGCCUCAAAGUUUCAAAUUCUUUACGAAAAUAACUGGAAAAGGUUGAUAAGCCAGGGCCAUAGUGCCUAGGCUUUAGAUCUAGUCCUAACUACACCCUUGAACUACUAUGGCGAAAUUCAUCAAAUCAUUUUUCAACACCACUGAGAGAAGGAAAAACUCUCGCUUUGAAGAAAAUGAAGAGGAUAAGAGUAACUCUUUGCCUUUAGGACGAAAACUGUCCAUAUCCAGGUCAGGAAGGAUGAAACAGGCUAUCAAGAAACGACAUUCGCUGUCUUUAGAUGUUUAUAAUCAAGAGACACAAAUAAUAGAAAAACCGAAGAACGCGGAAGUUCAAAAAACUCAGAGGCCCGAGAGGCCCUCAGUAACAGAAAAUAACAGUAAAACAGAAAAACGACACAGUCUCAACGUCGAAGAAGAAAUAGACACCGCUUUCGAAAUUAUCAACAAAACUACAAUUACUGAUUUAUAACUGACUUUUAUAGUUAAUUCUGAAACUGAACUGAUAUGUAGCAAAAAUGUGAAAGGGAUAGAUUUAUUUAUACACUGCAGUGUAAGCAAGAGAUGGCAAUAAUGCAAGGUUGUUGCAACUAACAAUGUAAACAAGAUCUAGAAAAGUAAAGCAAAUUUUUUCAAAAAAUUUAAGUUCAAU